UGAUACCUCUGCCUGGCAAGCAAAAAAAGUGGCUGUUUUUGCCCGUGGCAUAUCAUUGUAACUUACUGUGCUGCAGAGAGUUCGCAUAGCUCCUACUGGGAGGCUUUCGUGCGAGAAAACGCGACCGAGCAGCGCCCAAAACCAGUUGCUGCGGGCCGCGUCGAUAGCGUACAAGGCAGCGCCGUACCGCGCACGCCUACGCAUGCCUGAUCGGAGAUGCCUGGCACAUGAGACGGCGCUGAAGACAUGACAGAGGAGUCCAAGGGCGAAGCGGCGGAGGCAGCACUCGAAGCCGCAAACAGAGCGGCUGCGAAAAGUGCAGCGCCGAGCAAGGCACCAGCACCCGCCACGGCCACCGCGCCAACCCGCAAAAAGCCAGCCGGCGCGCCGGCGCCCGCCGCGAGCGCGCGAGCGCGACCGGCGAGCGACGCGCACGCGGUCGACGCGCAAGCGAUGGAGGCCAAGUUCCAGGAGCUGUUGCGCGGCCGGCGGGGCGACGCGCUCCGCCACGUGCCGACGCCGCCGACGUCGCCGCCGCCCGGGACGCGGCGGCGGCGGCGCGCGCCGCCCGCGUCGGAGAGCGCCGCACGCGCGCCGCUCGCGCCGCCCGCGGCGGGGCCGGCGGCGCCGCCGCCACCCGCGGAGGCCGCCGCGGCGCUGACGCCGCUGUCGGCGCUGCGGCUGCUGUCGGUCUGCGACAGCGAGAGCGGGGAAGGGCUCUUCGAGCGGGUCUGGCGGUGGCCCGAGGGCGCAGACCCGAAGGGAAUCGGAAACCUCGUCCGGUCUUUUUUCCUCGUCGCGCGGCAGCUCGACCACGGCAUGAUCUCGCGCGUUGUCUUCGAGGCGCCCGAGGACGAGGCCGCGCUCGUGCCGCACGCGGGCAUCGGCGAGGCCAUGGAGAUGCUCUGCACGCGGAACGAGCGCGUCGUCGUCGCCGUCUUCCACGAGUCGCGCGGCGCCUUCGCCGACGAGGACGACGAGGAGGCGCGCGAGGUCCACGUCGCCAUGCGCCAGCUCGUCGAGCAGGCGCGCGAGCUCUGGUCGCCGGACGUGUCCCGGGCGGAUUUCAAGACGACCGUCGACCGCCUCUGCGCGCGCAUCGUCGGCUUGCCGCCGCCGCCGCCGGACCCCCGACAGCCGUCGCCGCCGCCGCGGCCGAAGAGCAUGUGA